AUGGUCCUUGUCGACAGGCUCAUCCCUCCCGUGCAUGCAAAUGGGCUGCAGCGGAUACGAGACAGCUGGAAGAUGCCAUCCGAUUCCAUUACAGCGCUCUUCCCCUGGCCCAAGGACUUUAGCCAGGGCAUCACACCUGUUCAGUGCCAUUCACACAACGACUACUGGCGCAAUGUCCCACUGUUUGAUGCGCUCGCCGCUGGUUGUGUGGGUGUAGAGGCAGAUGUAUGGCUAGAUAAAACGUCCAAUAACCUACUGGUAGGCCACCGAGCCUCGUCCUUGUCGGCCGACCGCACUCUACAGUCUGCCUACAUCGAGCCCCUGACCACAAUCCUUACCCAGAUAAACCAGGGUGUCAAUGCUACCGUCCCCAGAUCCGGAGUUUUCGAGACCUUUCCCAAUGCCAGCCUGACACUCCUGAUUGAUGUCAAGACCGACGGACAUACUUCCUGGCCCGUGGUGAUGAAUCAACUAGCCCCGCUGCGUGCCAGUGGCUGGUUAUCCCAUUGGAAUAGCACCGGCGAUGGGCUGGCCUGGCGGUCGAUCAUAGUAGUAGGAACCGGGAAGACUCCAUUUGAGCUAAUCAACGCCGACGCCGAAUACCGGGAUGUGUUCUUUGAUGCCCCAUUGGAUCAACUUGCAGAUGACGCCAGCUUCACUGCCAACAACUCAUACUAUGCAAGCGCAUCGUUAAAAGAAGUUGUCGGGACCAUCUGGCCCUGGGGACCAAGCAGACAUCAGAAAGACAUCAUGAAGAGGAUGAUCGAUACGGCCGCAGCAAGGGGAUUGGUGCCGCGAUUCUGGAAUAUACCCGGGUGGCCGGUGCGUCUGCAGAUGAAGCUCUGGCGAUUCCUGAUGGAGAGUGGGAUUGGAAUACUGAAUGUGGAUGAGUUGUUUGAGGCGACGCAAUGGAUUCGGGAUUGGUGCACCGGUGAAGGGAAGAUGCAAUGCUAA